AACUCAGUUUUCUCGAAAGUAUUUGGUGGAGCUUAGGUUUCUCGAAAGCAUUUAGUUUAGGUUCCUCAAAAGCAUUUGGUGGAGCUAAGGUUCUUCGAAAGCAUUUGGUUACUCAACAGUAUUUGGGUUCCUCGAAAACAUUAGGUUCCACAAAGAUUUCAAAAGCAUUUGGUGGAGCGGAGCUUAGGUUUCUCGAAAGUUUCUCGAAAGCAUUUGGCAGAACUCAGUUUUCUCGAAAGUAUUUGUUGGAGCUUAGGUUCCUUGAAAGCAUUUGGUGGAGCUUAGGUUUCCUCAAAAGCAUUUGGCGGAACUUUGGUUCCUCGAAAGCAUUAGGUUCUACGAAAAAUUUGAAGGAUCUUAGGUUUCUCGAAAGCAUUUGGCAGAACUCAGGUUCCUCAAAAGUAUUAGGUUCCUCGAAAGCAUUUGGUGACGCUAAGGUUUCUCAAAAACAGUUG